GUCAGCUAUCAUCGUAUUGCUGGAAAAUCGAUACCAAGAAAAAAAAUGGCAAUGCAAGCAUUCCAAGAGUAAAUUGUUGAUUCUUAGCAGAAAAUUGGGAACAUUCUCUAGACAUCAUUGAAUAUUCUAGCAAUUAACUAGCAAUUGUUUUCAUCGGAUAGAAAGGAUGAAUCAUUAGAUCCUAAUUGUGCAGUGUUUGAGUAAUUGUAGUACUUGUAAAACGUGAACAGAAAAUUAGGCCUUCAUAUUUUCGAUUAUAAUACAUCUUGAUAAAAAAACAAAGCCCAGAAGCACCGUCGUGUUUGAAGUAAAGUGGCGCUCGAUAACGGUAUCAAAACGCAGUCCCGAGUGCAUCCUAGUCCCGGCAGUGCUCGCACGCUGGUGUGGGCACUACCUCUGACGGCAUCAUGCAACAUGGUUACGGAGGAAAAUGAUGAACAUCCACAUACUGAGGAUGAUAAGACUCCCACUCAGGAACGGGACAGUAAUCUACUGGCCCGCUCUGAUAGUACGGAGAUUCUGAUUCAAAGUAGUGUGGAUGAUAUUUUCGAUGUGAUUAAAGCGGGCGAACUGUCCGAGGUAGAGAAUUUAGUGGAGAAGGUUGGCCCAGAGGCAUUGAGUGCACGUGACAAACAUGGCUACACUCCGGCACACUGGGCCGCAUUGGACGGAAACGUGGAGAUGAUGCGCUAUCUGGUCGAACGUAAUGCUCCUGUCGAUUUGCCGUGUUUGGGAACCCAAGGACCCCGACCGAUUCACUGGGCAUGCAGGAAAGGGCAUGCCGCAGUAGUGCAGAUUUUGCUGCAAGCUGGAGUCGCAGUGAAUGCUGCAGAUUUCAAGGGAUUGACUCCACUGAUGACGGCUUGCAUGUACGGGAGGACGGCGACAGCGGCUUAUCUUUUGGGAAUGGGAGCCCAGAAUCAUUUAACGGAUAUCAAUGGGGAUACUGCCCUGCACUGGGCAGCAUACAAAGGGCAUGCUGAUUUGAUCAGAUUGUUGAUGUACUCCGGUGUAGAUCUACAGAAAACCGAUAAUUUUGGAUCUACGCCACUGCAUUUGGCUUGUUUGUCGGGUAACUUACAGUGCGUGAAGUUACUCUGUGAGAAGCGAAAUUUGGUUAUGGAACCUAGGGAUAAAAACGGGAAGACUCCACUGAUGCUGGCACAAAGUCAUCGCAACAAUGAGGUGGUUAAGUUGCUGCAUAACGAGUGCAAGAAACGGAAGUCUCGGUGGAUGCCACCAAUAUCGGAGAUCUGGAGUUUGCUCUUCGGUGGAGGAGGAGCUUCAAAGGGUCCACUGAUUUUGUUUCUGUUCUCGGUUCUACUCUGGGGAUAUCCUAUGUAUAUGAUUCGGUGUAUUCCCAUAACGUGGAAUAUUCUUCGUCGUUCUCACUAUUGUUUCAUCUAUUGGAAUGCCGUUAUGUGGAUCAGUUGGAUUAUAGCAAACAGAAGAGAUCCGGGUUAUAUUCCGUUAAACUCGGACACGUAUUACAGAGCAAUCAAACAGAUUCCUUAUUUUGAUAAAUGGAAGAAGCGAAAUCUGAUAUUGUCUCGGUUGUGCCACAGUUGCCGUUGUCUGAGGCCGCUACGGGCCAAGCAUUGUCGAAUCUGCAAUCGUUGUGUAUCGUAUUUCGAUCAUCACUGUCCGUUCAUUUACAACUGCGUGGGGUUACGGAAUCGGAUGUGGUUUUUACUGUUUGUGUUGAGCAUUGCCAUCAAUUGUUCGUUCACGAUAUACUUUGCCUGCUACUGCGUUAUGAUUGAAGGGUUCACCUUGCUCUACGUACUCGGUUUAGUCGAAGCAUUUGUGUUCUGUGGGUUAGGAUGGAUUCUAACCUGCACGUCGAUACUCCACGCAUGCAUGAACCUAACGACCAAUGAGAUGUUUAACUACAAACGCUAUCCAUAUCUGCGGGAUAAACGUGGUCGCUACCAGAAUCCGUUUUCCCGUGGACCCGUCCUGAAUUUGUUCGAGUUUUUCGUAUGCCUUCCGGAUCGUCAAGAUGAACAGGACAUUAUACUGGAUGAAAACCUUUGAAAAUUACCAAACUCAAGCGUGAAAAGGAAACGAAUUACGAGCAGCUAAAAUUGUGCACAACUCAUCGGUAGAAAAGGAAUUUAAAGUUCCGAACUUUGCUCUCUGCUGCUACAACGGCUUCCGCUUGAGAAUGCUCUUAAUUAAAAACUAAUUAACUUACGAUUCAUCGGUGCACGUGUCCCUGCAGAUCCACGUGUAUGUGAUCGAUCAGAAGAUGUUUUAUUACCGUCCCGUUGUGAUCCACGUCGAUACGUACUUUUGACAUUCUUUCAAAUUCCACACAGCGAUAGUUGAAGUGUUUGAUGAUUACAAAAUAAGUUUAUUUUUCGAAUUACAUGCAAUUUUCCUUUUUACUACUUGAAUUUUGCGGUCAAUCUAUUGCAGGCAUGACAUGAAUACGUACUUUUCCUCAUUCGAUUCUGCAAUUUUGAGACACUGUGUUUGAUUACUGCGCACAUGCUGUUCCCUUUUAAUUCAUAGUUUCGAAAAUGUUAAAACUCAGCUAUUUUUAUUCUAUAAAAAAAUCCACUCAAAAUACCAUCUUUGGAAUUAUUUAUUGAUAUAAUAUACGAAAAUAAUUUUUUUGUCAUAGAAUCUAUUAUUACGUUUUUAAGAGUCUAAGAAAACGAAACAAAUAAAAAACUUACAGGAUAUAUCGCGUAGGUUGAUCUAAGUUAUAGAGAUAUAGAAUUGUGUCAUUCGUAGAUCAUUUCAGUAGAUUGCACAAACAUAGGAUCAUACUUUGUUGGGAAACCAUCGAUCGUAUACGCUUUUAUUCCAUAUUGUCUGCGAGUUUGAGGAAUAAAGAAACAGUUAUGUGCGUGUACCAUUCCGCAUUAAUGUAAUAGCACUAGUAGUACUUAGUUCCAGUCAUACAAUAUAAUAUUUGUUUUUAUCCUAAUUGUAUAAUAUGACAACGUGAUCCAAUUUUCCAACAGGAAUCGAAAAUCAAUCAACCUGUCUUGUAAAUGUUCUCUAAAAAGACAGGCCACAUUCUGCUUGUUCAUAAUUUAUUUUGUUCGAUCGAAUAGAUAAGGAUUAGAAAUUGAAUUUAUAUUUAUCAUUUCAUCGAAUACAAACAAAAAAAGACUACGUCUAGUAGCAUCAAGCAACCAUUGCUAGUGCCACACGCAAAAAUAAAGAAAGAAAAUAAAAACUAUAUAAAUACUUUUGUCAGCUUAAAGCAUAAAAUAAAAAAAAACGUUUUUUUCGUGUCUCUUACAGUUA